AUGGUGCAACGGCCCAAGUUACAGUUUAAAAGCCCUGCUGAAUUUUUUGCUAAUAAUAAAGCGAUCGCGGGAUUUGAUAACCCUGGAAAGUCCCUGUAUACUUCCAUAAGAGAAUUAGUAGAAAAUUCCCUGGAUGCUUCUGAAUCCAUAGGGAAACUUCCUGAAGUUAGCGUUGCAAUUAAAGAAGUUGACAAAGCAAACUUUCGUUUGGUGAGCGGUUUUGAUAAAGUUGUUCGGAAACACGAAGAAAUAUAUAAAUAUAAAACUUCGAACCCAGUUGAAGAAGAGACUUAUCCUGCUAAAAAUAAAGAAAAAGAUAAAAAAACUCUUUAUUAUCAGUUAACAGUUCGGGAUAACGGAUGCGGUAUGCCUCAUGAAGACAUACCAAACAUGUUUGGAAGAGUUCUCUCCGGAACAAAAUACUGCGUUAGACAGAACCGCGGAAGAUUCGGACUCGGCGCAAAGAUGGUUCUCAUCUGGUCGAAGAUGAGCACCUCGCAGCCCAUCUGCAUCUUGAGUUCCACUGGAGAGAACGAGCCGGUCUCCAAGUGUGUCCUCGAUAUCAAUAUUGUCCAGAACGUCCCCAACAUUCUCGUCCACGAGAAACUCGAAAACCAGGCCGCGUGGCGUGGCUCGGAAAUUACGGUCCUUAUUGAAGGGAGCUGGACGCCGUAUCGGUCUAAGGUUCUGGCCUAUAUGCGGCAACUGGCUGUCAUUACGCCCUACGCGGAGUUCACCCUCUCAUUCGACUCUGCAUGUGAUGAAAAAAAGUCAUUUACGGUGCGGUAUGCGAGAAGGACGGACUACAUGCCGCCGCCGCCCCUGGAGGUCAAGCAUCAUCCCUCAUCAAUAAACUUGAUUAUUCUGAAGCAGCUCUUGGAGCAGGUAAGCAACUCCACUUUAGUAAAAGCUCUGAGGACUCAAUUUUCUUCAAUUUCAUCCGAUUUAGCCUCAAAAAUAAUAAGCGAGCUGGGACUGGACAGCCACUUCCAAGUUUCUUCACUGACCAAAGAGCAUUACCUCCAGCUGCACAGCCUUUUUAAGGAGGUGAAGUUUCCAGAUCCUUCGCCCGAGUGCCUGAGUCCCGCAGGAGAGUACAAUUUGCGUCUGGGCGUCAUCAAAGAACUCAAACCGGACAUGGUAGCCACUUCCAGUGAGCCAGCCGAUGUGGUUGGUGGCCACCCGUUUAUAGUCGAGGCUGCCGUCUCUCUGGGAGGCCGAUCGGUGGAGACGGGCGUCAAUAUAUACAGAUUUGCCAAUCGCAUUCCACUCUUAUUCGAGCCUGGCAGCGAUAUUAUCCGCGUUGUGGCGUUAAACCAGAUAAAGUGGAACUUGUACAAAAUCAACCCAAAUAGUGAUAAAGUUGGAGUGUUUGUGUCCCUCGUUAGCACCAAAAUACCGUUCAAGGGGACCGGAAAGGAGUACAUCGGUGACGACGACGGCCGUAUAGGAAGCGUCGUGAAGCGGGCUAUACAGCAGUGCUGCGCGCAGCUACGCACAAAGAUCACGAGGAGACUGCUCACGAUGGAGAAGCAGAACAGGAAAACGGCGCUCAGCGAGAACAUUCCACCUGUUUCGAAAGCUCUGUUCUCCAUUCUGAACAAAAUAACCGAAGUGAAGGAGCAAGCACUCUCUGCGACCUGGUGUGUGUCGUGCAGCGACGAGGCUAAGACGCGGUUGGCUCCUAGUGAUUUGCUAAAGAGGGUAUCGCGGGAAGAAAUAACAGAGAAGACGCUGAAACGGAGACUCGCGGAAUACGUUUCCAAGUUAGAGGCCAGUGACUUGCUGGAGGGCCCGCAGGAAGAGGCGCAGCAGGAGAGACUGAAGCUCUACGUGGCAUAUUUUGACCUAGGAAGGGAGCCCAUGCUGGAAAUGCAGAGUGAUAAAUUCAUUUUCUACGCGCCGAAAUGGCUGUUCUCAUAAAAGUGACAUGCUGCCAAUGUAGAGUAAAAUUGCGCUUAAUUAUAAAAGCUCUUUAGCUCAUAAAAAUAGCGCUUCGCAUUCCACA